ACAGAGUGAAAACUGUGCUGAACCUCUUCAGUGAGCAGGCCAUGAAACACACUAUAGUGCUGACUACUGAUGAAGACACACGCGGACACAUGUCUCUGUCUUAUAAGAACACAAAUAAUGCUAUUCAUGAUUUAAUAAAGGAGUGUGGAGGAGGACAUCUACAGUUUGAUACAGUAAACACUAGAUGGCGCUCUGAGUUGUUCAGAAGAACAGAAGAGAUACUCAAGAAAGAACAUGAAGAAUUUCUCCUCUGUAACAUGUAUGAGGAUGGAGGUGAUGGAUCAUCAGUGGAUGAAGAUCUGAGCAGAUCUGAAACUUCAGUCGGAGGAGAAGAGAAAGAGAAGAAGGACUCUGAUCUCAAAGAGAGCACAAAAACAGCAAGUGAUGGAGGAGUGACGACUGGAAAAACAAAGCUGAACAUCGUGCUGUGUGGAAAUAAUUCAACACUCAACAACUCAGUGUCUAGAAUAUUUAGAGAGAUAAUAAAUAAACCAGUGAAUGAACUUUCACAUCAGAAAGAGAAGAGCAGUGUGUGUGUGAAGAAAGAGGAGAAGAUUAAUGGACGGCAGAUCAGUGUAAUAGAGCUUCCAGUUCUCUCUCGUCUCUCAGAGGAGGAAGUGAUGCGUCAGACUCACAGCUGUGUGUCUCUCUGUGAUCCUGGAGUUCAUCUUUUCAUCCUCGUUACUCCUGUCACUCCACUUAAUAAUGAAGACAGAGCAGAAAUGGAGAAGAUCAAAAGAAUAUUUUACUCACAAGAACACUUCAUGGUGCUUUUCUUUACUGAACUCACUGUUAAUAAAAGUGUGACUGAUUUUGUAGCAUCCACAGAAUCUCAGAGUGUUGUGAGACUCUAUGGGAGCUGGCACAGUGUGAUGGGGUUAAAGGACCAGAGAACCUCUCAACAGAUCUUAAAGAUGCUAGAUGUUAUAGACUGUAUGAAGACUGAACCCUAUUCUCUUCAGAUGAUUAUGAGAGCUCCAGAAAGGAGAGUCAGACAUGAACUAGAGGAGAAACUGAGAGUGAAAGACAAUGAAAUCAGAGAGUUACAGAAGAAGAUCAAGACACUGGAUCCAGAGGGUGUGAAGCUGAAUCUGCUUGUGUGUGGGAGUAACAGAGAAUUGAAAUCCUUCAUAUCAAACCUGAUCCUGAAGCAGAGCGAGAGAAGAUCAGAGCUGAGCUCAGAGUGUGUGAGGAGAGACGUGGAGCUUGAUGGACGUCUGAUCUGUCUGGUGGAGCUUCCAGCUCUGUUCAACACUCAGCUCUCAGAGGAUGAAGCGAUGCGUCAGACUCACCGCUGUGUGUCUCUCUGUCAUCCUGGAGUUCAUGUGUUCAUCCUCAUCAUUCCUGAUGCUCCGCUUAAUAAUGAAGACAGAGCAGAAAUAGAGGAGAUCCAGAGGAUAUUCAGCUCAAGAGUCAAAAAACACAUCAUGAUCUUCAUAAUGCAGAAUUCAGAGCAUCAGACAGAAGAACUCAAUGAAGAAACACAGUCUCUCAUUGAGAGAUCUGGAGGACGACAUCAUUUCAUCGACCUGAACACACAAGUGUCUGUGCUGAUGGAGAAACUGGAGCAGAUGGUUGAGGAAAAUAGUGGUGUUUGUUUCUCCACAGAGACAUUGAUGGAGGCACAGAUGGAAAAACUGCAGAAAUUAGAAGAAAUGAAGAAGAGAGUCCAUUCAUUAGAGACGUGGUUUCAGUCACAAGAUUCAAGAGACAGAGAAGAUGAUCUGAGGAUUGUGCUGCUGGGAAAAACUGGAGUUGGGAAGAGUUCAACAGGAAACACCAUCUUAGGAAGAGUCAUGUUUAAAGCUGAAACAUCUCAAGAGUCUGUUACUGAAGUGUGUCAUCGAGAGAAAGCUGAAAUCAACGGCAGACACAUCACUGUGAUCGACACUCCAGGACUGUUUGAUACUGAACUCAGUAAUGAAGAAACCCAGAGAGAAAUCAGCAACUGCAUCCCAAUGAUCCUGCCUGGACCACAUGUGUUCAUCAUCGUGCUCAAUUUAGGACAACGAUUCACUCAAGAAGAAGCAACAGCAGUGAAGAUCAUCCAAGAGAUGUUUGGUGAAAACUCAUUAAUGUACACCAUGGUGCUCUUCACCAGAGGAGAUGAUCUGAAUGAUAAAACCAUAGAACAGUGUUUGGGAAAACCUGGAUCUGCUUUAAAUGAACUGUUUGUAUGAUCUGAAUCAGGAUACCAUGUGUUCAAUAAUAAAGAGACUGAAGAGCGAACACAGGUGACUGAUCUACUGCAGAAGAUAGACCACGUGCUGAAAGAGAACGGAGGGAGUUACUACUCAUGUAAGAUGUUCAGAGAGAUGGAGAGACAAUUACAAGAACAACAGAAGAACAUACUGAUGGAGAAAGUGGAGCAAGUGAAGAGAGAAAAAGAAGAACUGAUAAUGAAUCAUGAAGAAGAAAUAAAGAGAAUGAGGAUGAAGAUAGAGGAAGAACAACAGAAUCACGAGAAAGAGAGAAAGAGAAGAGAAGAAGAAUUUAUUGAGAGAGAAGAACGAUAUAAAAGAGACAUUAAAGAAAGAGAAGAACAACAAGAGAUGAAGAUACGAGAGGAGCUGAAGAAAGAACGAGAGGAAUGGGUGAAACAGAUGCAACAGGAAAGACAAAGAAGAGAAGAAGAGGAGGAGAAAUGGAGAAAGAGAGAACAGGAAAUGAUGGAGGAAGAAAAACGGAAGCGUAACAAAGAGAGAAAGAGAAGAGAAGAGGAAUUUGACGAGAUGGAAGAGCAAUAUAAAACACGGGAACGAAAAGAAAGACAAAGAAGAGAUGAAGAGGAGGAGAGAAUCAGGAGAAAGAAACAACAGGAAGCAUAUGAUGAAUAUUAUGAGAAAUUUAAUCGAGAGAGAGAAAGACAACAACUUAAAUUGAAUUAUGAAGAACAGAUAAGGACAAUGAUGAUGAAGAUGGAAGAAGAAAGACAGAAUCAUGACAAAGAGAAAAAGAUGCUAGAAGAGCUGAAGAGAGAACGAGAGGAAUCUGAGAAACAGAAACAACAGUAAAGACAGAGAAGAAGAAACACGCAACUCUAUUCAACUUUAUACAGGAACUCCUGAGGUUCAGCACACAAACAACAAGUCAGAAUAAAAUCCAUCUCAUUUUGAAAUUAAUUUGCCAAAAAUGUAGUAUUAGGAAGUGGACAAAGCUUUUAUCACACUAUACUUCGCUUUUCAACAGUUUAUAUGGCUGCUACUUAGGAAAUAUUUCACUGGUUUAUGAUCAUCAGCUACUCAAGCAGCAUUUAGGAUCUAGAUCAGCUUAUUCUACAGCUGAAAGCAGAUUUAAUCAGUUGUUGUCAUUCUCAGAUUCGGAUUCAGAUACACUUUAGACAGAAGCAGCAGAUUUCAGAAUUGUUCUCUACACUAGAUGAUCUGAAAGCAGCAGAUUUGGCAUUUUUUGCUUCUUUAGAGGAGACAAACUGAAAAAAAUAAAUAAUAAUAUAAAUUGUUGAGAACAGUAAAAAUGCUUUCUGGCUUUUAACAACACAGAAACACAAGAUAAUACACAAGUUUCUCAUCUGAUCACUGAUGAGAUGUUUGAUGAGGCACUGAUCUCCAUUAAAGAGAGAAUGGUAUUUAUAAAAGAAAAUGAAAGAAAAAAAUCAGACUCAAGUUGAAAAAUAAGAAGCCAAAUAUGACGGAAGAUAAAUGAAUGAUAAGAUGAAUAUAAACAAAGAGAAGAUCAGAGAAUGCAGUAUGAAGAAGAGCUAAAAGAAAGAGAAGAAGAGAGAGGAAGAAUACAAACAAGAUGAAGAAAUAAAUAACAUCAGUACGGAUGUACAGAGUAAGUUUGGCUUCAGUGGUCUGUAUAUCUCGUGUCUUCAGAAGGGACAGUGUCUUGUUGUCUUAGUUAGUCCUGAAUGUCCCUCCUGCUGGAAGAUGCAAUGGACAGGUAAAGUGUCUGGACUUACUUUGAUUGCUCUUUCUGCACGGUGUGUUGUGGAGGAUCUCCUGAAAUCCACAGUCUUUAAGUGUUCAGCUUCAGGUUGUUAGAUCUGCCCCGGGACACCAGGCGAUCCUCCUCCAGUCUGUAUGUAGACUCAUUCAGGACAUCUGCAAAAUCAUUUUGGUAUAUAUGCAGUUGUUGGUAUAUAAGCCCUGCUGCGCCCCAGUGCUGAGAGUCAAUUCAAUGCAAUUCAAUUCAAGUUUAUUUGUAUAGUGCUUUUUACGAUACAAAUCAUUGCAAAGCAACUUUACAGAAAAUUAAGUUUCUACAAUAUUUAGUAGUAGCUUAUCAGUGCUGACUGUCAGUUUAUGUGCAUAUGGCAGAAAUGUUCAGAAAAAUCAAUAAAAGACGUAAACAAACAGACGAUUAACACUAUUAACAGCAAUUAUGCGAUCAAACUUACAGCAAAAUGUGGUUGUCAGAGUCAGGGAAUCUGAGGUGUGUUUGCCCACUUUUACACACUUUUACACACAUGAACUGUAAAAUCUCUCGCUCCAGUGGAUGAAUCCUGAGAUGCUGAUGCAGGAUCUAAUGAUUCUUAAUAGCAACCUCUGUGUGUGGUCGAUCUUUAAGAACAAUGUUAAUCAUUGAAUCAUAUAAUCGUUAUUCAUGUAUUUAAUCAUUUAUUAUAUAACUCAUUAUUUUCCUUGCUUGCUAUUGUUGUUUAAUCUAAUGGUGAUUGUCCAAUACAGUGAUAAACCUCUGCUCAGUGCUGCUGACAAAGCUAUAAUGUGUCUGUAGUGUGUUAAUCUAAGUUUAUUUCAGUGCACAGCCAAUAUAUUCACAUCAACAUAUAUACACACAAUUACAGCUGGGAAGAGGGAAGCCAACAGAGCAUAACGGCCUGCAACAUCCUGACAAUUAAAAGCUUCAACAACUGAACCUGAUUUUUCUGUGUGUGCUUUGUGUUCUUCGUUUGCUCUUUCUUCUCCUGCUGUCUAACUGCUGUUAUCGGUGUUUUGCUGUUUGUGAAAUAAAUAGAUG